AUGUAAGUUAUAUGUCAAAUUACAGCUGGAAAGUGUACCGCAUGUCCGUGAGUACAUGAUGACUGGUGGAUAGUCGCUUUCCUUCAAUUUCAGUCAGGUGCCGCAGUUCUGAGCAGCGCUUAACACAGGUGUGCUCCAAUUGGAUGGAACCAUUAGACGUGCAAAAAACACCGCGAAUUAUAAUUCUUUUUAAAGCACAUUCUUUGAAAUUAAACACACACAUGACCAAUUCGCUUCGCAUGCUUGUCCCAGAUCUAUAGCAAAACCAAAGCCUCGUUAUUUUUGUAAUUAACUAAUUAAUUGCGUUCAAUUUCCCCGCUCCCCCUCCUUUCUGAAAUGGUCCUUUCCGCUUUCUGGGGAGAGGUGUAUUUCCACUAGGACACUAAAUGAAAAGAAAUCAGAAAAAGCAAAGUGAUAACAAGAAUUAAAAGGUUUGUGAAAUGGAUUCGUGUGACCCUGAAAAAAAUGGACAAGAACAAGACCCUGGUAACGACUUCGGCCGGAGAGAGCUGCUCUGCAAUGAGCUGGUGAGCGAGACAGAGAGUGGACGAGGGGGGAGUGAGGGGCCGGGGUCUUCCAGUGAGGAACGAGAGGAGGAAGAGAUGGAGGAGGAGGAGGAAGAAGAAGAAGAAGAAAGAGGAGCGCCAGAGACCCAGGAGACCUCUCCCCAGCCUGGCUAUCGCACUGUCCUGAUCAACAGCGUGUCUGUGGAGGGGGUGACAGAGGGCCGUGCCAUUGACUCCGAGGAGGACAGUUUCUGCGUGCUGCAGGUGGAGGAGCAGCCCACCCCUCGGGAGAGCACCCCUUUCCUGACAUCGGAGACCAUACCCUCUGAGUGCCAAGUCAACUUCGUGACUGUCUGCGGGCGUGUGCCGGGGUUCUUUGAGAGGAACGAGCCCUCGGCGGAAGACUUUGUCCAGCUGCCUGCCUCCUACUGCCCCCAGGCCUCUGUGGGGAUCUACCACGAAGAGGAGCCAGAGCAGAGGGGGGUGCAGGGAGCCAAGAGGUCCUACCAAGCCCUGGGGGACAGCGAUCAUGAGCCCGGGGACCUCAAGCUGGGCACCCAGGCCUCCUCCUCCUCCCCCCAGGGCGAUGGCCCCCUCAUGCUGCCUUCCAAAGUGCUCAGCCUGGCCGAGUUCCAGCCUGUGGACCUCAAAAUCAACCCUGCCUACGCCACCCGCCGCCACACCCGCUACGCCAGCCAGGCCAAGGGGGCGUACCCCCACUACCGGAGCCUGAGCGAGUCCCUGACACCGGAUGAAUUGGGGGACAGCAUUGCCAUGCCACCCCUGCCCAAGAAGAAGACCAGGACCCUUUAUAACACUGACCAGCUGGAGGAGUUGGAGAGGAUGUUUCAAGAGGAUCACUAUCCAGACGGGGAGAAGCGCAAAGAGAUCGCCGCUGCCAUCGGGGUCACCCCACAGAGGAUCAUGGUCUGGUUUCAGAACCGGCGAGCGAAGUGGCGGAAGAUUGACAAGACCACCCAGAAGCAGGAUAAGAAGUACACUGGCAGAGGCGCGGCGUCCACCCUGCCCACCACAGCCAUGCAGGCGCCCCAGGUCUCCGGACACAUCCAGCUGACCGCCGCACCCCCUGGAGGCGGGUUUCAGAUGCACAAUCAGCCCAUCAUGCCCCGGUUGGCAGUGCAGCAGAACCAGAACCAGAUCCACUUCACCAGCAUGCUGGGCAGCCCCUCCAAUCCCACCAGCCUGGCGGUGGCAGCGGAGAUGGGGCUGCAGCUGGAGUACCUGCCUGCGAUCCCCAGCCCUCCCCCCCUGCGCAGGGCCAGCCUGCCCCUCAGCGCCUCCUUCAACCCCUCCAACCACCUGGUGCCCCUGACCCUGGACACACCCGAGAGCGGGCAGGAGGGGCACGGCAGGGAGGGGCUGAACUACAGCCUGCAGAGCGAUGGAACCACUGGGUCCAACCCCUCUCCCCUGUGUGAUUACAGCGAGCACCUCAGGACCUCCCUCAAGGUGGAGCCCCCCCCCCAGCACUAUCUCCACGGCAACCAGAGCGCGGGUGGCCUGGCCUCAUUCCAGCUCGGCCAGUUUGCACAGCAGCACGGCAGCCUGCUGGUGACUCACAGCCUGAACGAGGGGCAGCUCCCACAGUACCAGCGCCUCCCCUUUAUCAACACCACCUACCCGACCAGCGCCAGCCUGGCCCCCACCCCUCCCGUCGACGCCAACCCCUCCUACCUGACCUACGGAGCCAACCCGGGGGUCAUGACCUACAGCACGGGGGCCGGCCACGGCUACUACCAGGGCCAGGGGGGCAACCAGAUCCUGCUGCAGCCAGGCGUGCACGGUGGGUGGGAGACGGGCUUGCGAGGUGGGAUGACAGCUUUCCAGGCCUUUCCCUGGAGUGACAUGUACAGCCAAGCCGGACAGUUUGCCCCGUCGCUCUAUCAGAGAACAACGCAGUUCCAGGGCCUGACCCGUUGCCCUGGCGACCAGGGCCUGUACCAGCAGGCCCCAAACCUGGGGCCAGCCCAGCACUACAUCCAGGUCCAGAGGCCCGGUGGUGGGUCAGUGCAAAAUUUCUACCAGGGUGCCCAGAGGAUAGUCCCGGCCCAGAGCAUGUACCAACCUCCCAGGCCCACCCAGAGCGAGUUCCAAACUGCAGAGCGCUCGGAGUGCCAGGGUGAGCCCGCAGGGAAGAAGGACCAAGACUCCAACAACAAUUUUAACCCGGAGAUGGACACAUAAAUGCUGUUUCUGUUUCCCUGGGGUCACAAGACUGCUCAGCACCUGCUGUAUUCCAGACCAGAGACCCGGAAAGACUGAGGCAGGACACCGAGAGCAUGAUCUGUGAACUUGCUGUGUUGACACUUUCUGAAAUUCACAAACGGAAAUCCUGUUUGAACCCCGUGCAGCACAGAGCUCAAUAUAGCCAGUGCAAUUUAUUUUCAAAUUCAAAUUCAAAGAACAAGUUCACACCCCUGACCUACACUGCCACCUUUUUGUAUUUUUAUGCAUAUAUAAUAUAUAGCAGUCUGCCUCAGGACACCCUUUUUUGUCUAUUUCUGGAUGGUUUUGUGUUUUUUUUAAGUUUAUUUGCAUGUGUUUGCUGGCAGCCAUGUGUUCUGUGGGAGGGCAGCUCUGUUGACGUGCCUUUCCCAGACACAUGACUGAGCUAUUUUUGAAGAUAACUAAGAAUUGUCAGGUUAACAUAAGUUUAUUAAAUAGUAUAUAUUUUUACCA